AUGGGCAUAUGGAUACGUGUAAAAUUCUAUCUUUUGAAGACAUGCAUUGCAGAGGUAACUAACACGCCAUGGGGGGAGCGUAUGCGGAUCAAUUUCUUCCCGAGGGGCGCAAGAGUGCCAAAGUGCUCGCAUGCAUCGCCGUUUCUCGAUAUGCAAGGAUAA